GCCCCCUGCUCGGCCGCCCGCCGGCCGGGGAGGGAUGGGCGGGAGGACCGAGGGAGCCGGCUCCCUCCCGGGGCCCCUCUGCCCGAGCGGGGUGGGCUCCGCCGGGGAAGAGGCCGCGCAGCCGGGGCAGGAGAGAGAGGACGCGCGGUGGGGAUCCGCGGCGAGCGCGUGCGCCCGGGGCCGGGGAUGGCUCAGGGCGCCCUCCCUAGACUCCGCUCUUCCCUCGGACCAGUGGAGUCAGGGGCCAGGUCUCUGGUGCCCACUGUCACCUGGAAGCCACUUCUUCUGGCCUCUUUUCCCCUGGUCCGCGUAGCGAGUAGGAGCUUAGAAAUCGGAGGAGUUGCUGCGGGCGUGGGUAGGCGGAGAGCGAUCAGUCGCUCACUGCCAUCCCUUGGGUGCCAGCGGCUUUAACUUCGUUUAAUCCCAGCCAUCGCCCUGCGAGGAGGCAUUAUUACCCCCGUUUUACUGAUAAAGAAGCCGACACCAGGACGAUAAGAGACUCGCCCUGGGGCAAACCACUGGACAGGAGACGCCAGUCCGGGGGCCCGAAGCCCUCGCGCUUCCCCCUGGCUCCCGGCUCCCCCAUCCUUCACGCGCGCGUCUGGGAAACUCGCGCGGCGGAGUGGAACCAGCCUUUCGAAGUGGAAGCGGCUCUGGCUCGCAGCUUCUCCCCUGGCGGCGCUUUCUCUCUGCACAGCGCAGACAGGGGCGCGCUCGCCUGCCCCGCGCUCCUCGUCGUUCGCGGUGGAUGAGGUCGCCUGCAGAUCCGGCCGCGCCCGGGCACUGCCCAGGUGGAGAUUGUUUAAAAAGCCUCAUGGGACAUGACACCAUUGCUGGAUGGCUACUACAUUCAAGAAACCCGACUGCAUGAGAGGCACUCUACCUGGGCAAAGGAUGUUACCUGGAAUCAGAACUAAAUGAUCCAAACUUUCCUUAACCCUAAAUGUGCUAUUUUCCAUUUCAAGAUGUCUUUACACUUCUGAUAAAUGCAAACUGACAACUCUCAAGGCCACGACAGGGAAAACCAUUACUGCUUGAAGCCCAGAAGACUGCCCUUAAUGAAGGAAAGUCCCCGAUUGUUGUUUGAGAUGCUGAGGAAGUUACUGCGGAGAAGACUUUUUUCUUAUCCCACAAAAUACUACUUCUUGCUGCUUGUUUUUUCCGUAGUCACCUUCUCUGUUUUAAGAAUUCAUCAAAAGCCUGAAUUUGUAAGCGUUGGACAUUUGGAGCUGGUUGGCGAGAAUCCUAGUAGUGAUAUUAAUUGCACCAAAGUUUUACAGGGUGAUGUUGAUGAAAUCCAAAAGGUAAAGCUUGAGAUUCUAACAGUGAAAUUUAGAAAGCGCCCCCGGUGGACAGCCUACGACUACAUAAACAUGACCAGUGAUUGUACUUCUUUCAUCAAGAGGCGCAAAUAUAUUGUAGAACCCCUUAGUAAAGAAGAGGCAGAGUUUCCAAUAGCAUAUUCUAUAGUCGUUCAUCACAAAAUUGAAAUGCUUGACAGGCUCCUGAGGGCCAUCUACAUGCCACAGAAUUUCUAUUGCAUUCAUGUGGACAGAAAAUCAGAGGAUUCCUUUUUGGCGGCGGUGAUUGGCAUCGCAUCCUGUUUCAGUAAUGUCUUUGUGGCCAGUCAGCUGGAGAGCGUGGUGUACGCCUCAUGGAGUCGCGUUCAGGCUGACCUCAACUGCAUGCAGGACCUUUACAGAAUGAGUGCAGACUGGAAGUACUUGAUCAAUCUUUGUGGUAUGGAUUUUCCUAUUAAAACCAACCUGGAAAUUGUCAGGAAGCUCAAGUCGUUAAUGGGAGAAAACAACCUAGAAACUGAGAGAAUGCCAUCCAAUAAAAAAGAAAGGUGGAAAAAGCAUUAUGCAGUUGUAAAUGGAAAGCUGACAAACACAGGGACUGACAAAGUGCACCCUCCUCUUGAAACGCCUCUGUUUUCAGGCAGUGCCUAUUUUGUGGUCAGUAGGGAGUAUGUGGAGUACGUUCUAGAGAAUGAAAAAAUCCAGAAGUUUAUGGAGUGGGCCAAAGACACAUACAGCCCGGAUGAGUAUCUCUGGGCCACUCUUCAGCGGAUCCCUGAAGUCCCAGGCUCGCUGUCCUUAAGCCAUAAGUAUGACAUGUCCGACAUGCAUGCGAUUGCUAGAUUUGUCAAGUGGCAGUACUUUGAAGGUGACAUUUCCAAGGGUGCCCCCUACCCACCCUGCAGCGGGGUCCACGUGCGUUCUGUGUGCGUCUUUGGAGCAGGUGACUUGAACUGGAUGCUGCGCAUGCACCACUUGUUUGCCAAUAAGUUUGACACGGACAUUGACCUCUUUGCCAUCCAGUGUUUGGAUGAGCAUCUGAGGCAUAAAGCCCUGGAGACGUUAAAACACUGACCAUUUGUUGUAGACAAUUUUAGAAACAAUCAGAAGGAUGCAUGAGAGGUGCCCCCUCUGAUGCUUCUGCCCUGUUAACAAACAUCAGAAAAACUAUAGCAGGUGGGGACUCUUAAUUCUUCAUGUCAGAGAAGCUACAUGGUUUCUGCAGAACACAGUCAGUUAGAAAGGUUCCAGCAUUAAAUGUUGACCUAGAGUUAAUGUGACGCCAGGGCAGGUUGCAAGGCAUUGUCGGGAGAGGUGGCCAGGGAAGAGGCCGAAUAUAAAAACCAGCCUACUGGGGCCGGCCCUGUGGCCGAGUGGUUGAGUUCACGUGCUCCGCUUCGGCAGCCCAGGGUUUUGCAGGCUCGAAUCCUCUGUGCAGACAUGGUACCACUCGUCAAACCAUGCUGAGGCAGCGUGCCACAUGCCACGACUAGAAGGACCCACAACUAAAAAUAUACAACUAUGUACCAGGGGGUUUGGGAGAAAAAGGAAAAAUAAAAAAACUUUAAAAAACACAAAAACCCAGCCUAUUAAAAGUGCUCAGGGACUUAAAACAAGAUUUGACCUGUGCCAAAAUUACUCUGAGAGCUUUAAAUAUGACAGUUUUCCUGAUUUGAAUACAUUUAUAGCAACAACCAAUCGUAAGGAUGUAAUUUAACUUAUAGGUUAUGUUUGUUGAAAUAGAAAUUUUGACUUUAAAUGAUCCUUCUAAAUAAUUCAGUUUCUGCUGUCAUAUUGCUCUAUGUAGUGUAUCUGUAUGUCAUCUCAGGGAACUUGAAAAAUGGGCUUGAUUGAACCUGAAUAUUUCUGACAAAUUUUUUGCUUCUAACAAUAUGCAUUUGUUUUUAAAAACAAAAAACUGGCUAUUUCCGGUUUAGUUGAUUCUAUGAAUCGUCUUAGGUUAUUAGAAAAGAUAUCAUCUUAGAUUAUUAGAAAAGUUAAGUAUCUUUGUCUGUUGUUACCAGUUUCUACAGAGUAACACUCAGUUUUUCCAAAUAUUUGUUUCUCUAUUGUUCCCUUCAGUCUCCCUAGACCUUGCUAUCAAGCUGUAUAAAAACUUGUUUUCCUAGUGCCCUGUGUGGCUGCCUCAGCUCUCUUGAGUGAUCCGAUCCACGGUAAUUAGUGUGGAGAACUAAGACACAAAGGUGAAGUUGGUAUGGGAGAGGGGAAGAGAAGGAGUCAUAUUUAGACAAUUUCUGAGGCCUAUGAUGAAUGUUAAAACCCAGUAGUGGGCACUAUUCCUAGACAUUGAGACUGUUGCUCUUGGGAUCCACUUGUGUCCAGCCUCCCAGGGUGUUGCAUGCUUAUGUCACCUUUGUCUCCAUUUGAAAGGAACUGGCUCCUGCUCUCCUCUCUUCUUCAUGUUCCCUGCCCGUUGGUUGUUCCUUAGCCCUUGUAAGUUUCUUUCUGUCCUAGAACCUAUGAGGAGGGAAGAGCUGUUACGUUGUUCCGCAUGAAGGCCUGGGAACCCUAAAGGGAAUGUUAGGUUUGGGGCAGAUGGUUUCAGUAUUGGUAUUAUUCAUAGCAUAUUGUUUUUACUCUACUUUUUUGCCAAAAGACGGAUGAUUUAAGGUUGCUUUUGUGCUGUCUCAUAUCUCAAAGUAAAUGAAGAUUUUUUUCAAAACUUGCUCUUUUGCUAAACUGAUACCAUUCAGCCAAUGAUCUAACUGGAAAUGUUUAUCAUUUAGCUUGGACUUUUAAACAAGAAUCAAAAUGAUGUACUUUAUUUUUAAAACAUAGCCCACUUAAAUGGUACAUGAGAAGUUUGUGAUAUCAGUUUUCAGACAUUCAACUGAGAAAACAUUUUUAUUCCUCAAAGGUAGAAAGCAUUUUUAUUUUAUGGAGAGCUUUGUUAUACUGGCCCUCCCGAAAGAAAGCUUCAGUUUUUUAAACCUUUCUCAUCAUUUGUAAACGUGCAAGUCAGUGGAUUGCUGUGUGUUGCAUGAUUUGAUGUGGCAGCCAAUAUUGGACCCAAAAAAACAUACUUGCUUUGAAAACUCAAGAAAUGAUGUCAGUGAGGCCAUUAUAUGCAUAGUGUUCCAUCUCCAUGACUGUCUGGACCUGUUUAUUCUUUGAUUGCAUGUGAAAUAUUUCUCCCGUGCUCUCUCUUAGCAGAAAGAUUUUACCUUUAAGGUAGGGCAUUUUUGCUCUAAAAUCAGUGAUAUUCAGUGACACUUUGUGUCUGUGCCUUGUAUUUUCACUCUAUUCAUGGUGUCUUGUCUUAUGGACAUUUUUUCAUUUUGAAAUUUUCAAAUCUAUGGGAAAGUUGAAAACAAUAGUACAGUGGACCCCAUAUAACCCUCACCUGGAGUCACUGGUUGUUAACAUCAUGCCCAUUUGCUUUAAAUUAUAUGAAUUUUUGAAUUAAGCAAAGUUGAACGUUAAAAAUAUAUAUGUAAAUACCUGAAGUUCAUGUCAUUCAUCUCAGUACUCUUAUUCUGGUGUGUCUGCGUCUGAUUUACAUUUAAAUUGGCAGGUUUUGAGGGACUUUUCUCUACCGUAGGUAUAAAAAUAGGACUCUGAAGGCCAUUCUCCCAAGCCCGAUGCUGCAACUGUGGACCCACCAUCUGUCCUGUAGCUGUGGUACCUCAUCUUUCUGGAAUAGCCCUUGUUGAGACGUGUCCCAACAUUACCCUAUUGCUAAUGCCUCUUAGAGGGAUUGUAUGUAAUUCGUUAUUUUUAUACUAUCCAGCAUAACUUAAAGCAAAUGAAAAUCAUACUACUGGGACCAGCAAUUUGAAGAGUCAAAAAGACAGUUUCAACAGGAAGUCUAUGGUGCAUUCAGGAGGAGCAAAAUACAAGUUCUUUGGGAAAGUUAUAGAAGUUGUUUAAGUUGCUUCAUGUAUGUCAGUUAUUAAACACUUAAUUUCUUUAACUGUCAUUUAAGGUCUUUUGUAGGGAAUUAUUAGAAAUCAUUCACAAAUAAAUCUUUAAACAUACAUGAACUGCACUUUUGUGAUGAAAGGAUUAUUCUAGUUAAGAAAGUACUGCAUCAAGAUUCACGUAUUAAGGACAAGAGUUAACAAAAAACAGUUCUUUUUUAGGCAAUUACCUAGGCUCUUCCCAGACCAUGGUAAACAGCUGCUCAGCCUUGCAAAUGUGAAGCAUUAUUGUCUCUAAACAUGUAUUUGUGUCAUUCAUCCAGUACAAUUCACUUAAAUGAAAUAACAUAAGUGGAUUUUCUUUUGUAGUUAUUUGUUGGGGAGGAAGCCAUAUUUUGACUCAUUUCAUCUGUAGGGUCAAUUGAACUGGACUUUUUCAGUUGGCUUAGAAAAAUAAAAAUCAUUUCUUGUUACGUUCAAUAUAAAAUAAAUGCAAUACUAUUAAAUGGCAAA